UGGUAAACAACAACACGUGUGUCGAUUCGCAGAUUCGCAUUCUUCUCGCUCUUUUCGCACCGAAUUUGGGCCUUUAGACCGCGAUGGGCGAGGUCAUCACGUUCAAGGGCAGCAACUUCCUGCGGCAGAGGCUGAUCCUGUCCUGCCUGAGCGGCCGCAGCGUCCGAGUGACUGAAAUCAGAUCGGGAGACACCGAACCCGGUCUUCGAGAAUACGAGGUCAACCUGAUUCGCCUUCUGGACAAGUUGACGAACGGCAGCAGGAUCGUAGUGUCCGAGACGGGCACGAGCCUUCUCUUCCAGCCGGGCAUCCUGGUCGGAGGUGGAGGAAUCACUCACGAGUGCUGCGUCCACCGCGGCAUUGGCUACUACCUCGAGGUGCUGCUCGCCGUCGGACCCUUCUGCAAAAAGCCCCUGCAAUGCGUCCUCAAGGGCGUGACCAACAACCAAAUCGAUCCGUCCGUGGACGCGAUCAAGGCCGGUGGACUGCCGGUGCUGAAGAAGUUCAUUCUGGUCGACGACGGACUCGAGUUGAGGGUCGACCGGCGCGGCAUGCCCCCGGCCGGAGGGGGACAGGUCACCUUCAAGUGCCCUCUCCGCAAACUCCGCCCUCAACAGAUUCACGAUGCGGGGAAGAUAAAAAAGGUGAGGGGCGUGGCGUUCGCCCUGAGAGUGUCCCCCGCCAUGAGCAACCGACUUGUGGACGCCGCCAAAGGAGUCCUCCUCAAGUUCCUGCCUGAUGUCUACAUCACCACCGAUCACUGCAAAGGCGCCAAUUCCGGAAAGUCGCCAGGUUUCGGUCUGUGCCUGUGGGCGGAGACUACAAGCGGUGUUGUGUACACAUCGGACGCGGUGUCCCGAGUCGCUUCGCCCGGAGAGGCGCCGAGCGUGCCUGAGAGCAUAGGAGAGCAAGCUGCCUUCCGCUUGCUCGAGGAAAUUUACCGCGGCGGCUGCGUCGACUCAACCUUCCAGAACCAGGCAGCAAUCUACAUGGCCCUCGGCCAGAAAGACAUUUCCAAGUGCACGACGGGACCGCUCUCUGAAUACACGGUGCAUUUCCUGAGGCACAUCAAGGACUUCCUAGGACUAACGUACAAGCUUGAAACACGGCAAGAGGAAGACGAAGAACUGCGAUUAGGGGCCUCAAAGGUCGAUGUCACUUGUAUAGGAAUCGGUUACUCAAAUCUUGGAAUUACUACUGUUUAAAUAAAUGUAUUUUAAUUAUAUACUUAACCAAA